AUGCAAAACGAAUCGCCCUUUGAGUUCAUCAGACAUCUACAAGGAUCCAAGAAAGGUGACAAAGUAGAAGGUGUCGACCAGCUCAAGAAAUUCCUCCAUCAUUUUGGAUACCUAAACCAUGGAGGUUUAAAUAAUGGAGUAGAUGAUGCUUAUUUUGAUGAGACCAUAGAAAGAGCCCUCAAAACCUACCAAAUCAAUUUCAACUUGAAGCCUACCGGGGUGUUGGAUGCAGAAACAGUGUCGCUGAUGAUGAAGCCGCGAUGCGGGGUGCCAGAUAUUGUUGAUAGCAAGACUCGAAUGAAGUCUGCAGGGAGCUACAACAUUGAUUAUGUAUUGUUUCCAGGAUCACCUAAGUGGCCAGAAACCACGAAAGUACUUAACUGGGGAUAUCAACCUGGUACCAGAAGAGAUGUUCUCGAUCCACUUGCAAAAUAUUGUUUUAAACCAUGGGGUGAUCAUUUACCUUUUACAUUUAAUUUUGUUGAGAGAAAUCUUAGUGUUGCAGACAUCACGAUUGGCUUCCUUAAAAAAGGCCAAGGAGGUAUGGAUGAAGGUAAAGAAGCUUUUGCAUAUCCACCAACAGAUGGGAGAGUGUUUUUCAAUGCCGAUCUAAACUGGUCGUUUGGUGCAGCCCCAGGGGCCUAUGACUUUUUGACGGUUGGAUUGCAUGAAUUGGGGCAUGCUUUGGGGCUUGCUCAUUCCUCAGUUAAGGGUGCUGUCAUGUGGCCAUAUACUGGCAUGAAUGAAACCAGGGUUUUGCAAGACGAUGAUGUUCAUGGAAUUGAAGCUUUGUAUGGUGUCAAGUGA